AUGGAUGUUGCUCUAGCAUGUAGCCCACAAGAUGCCCAUUCCGUGGCAGACAGAGACGAGCUGGAGGGUGUUGCUACAGCUGGAGCAGACGGCAAUGUGCGAUCGUCGUGCUGGGACGCUUCAAUUGUCGAGCGGACGUUCAGUCAAUUAUGCGACACCUGCCCUGUGGUUUCGAGCCGACUUCCGACGGAGCUGUGGGAGCGGAUAAUCGAUUUCAUCGCGGACCACCACUUAUACGACGUGGGAUCAUUCGGCCGAGUGUGUCGUGGGUGGUACCUCCGAUGUCGCUUUCACAGUCACAACGUACUUGAGAUGUGGAAUAUGGACAAGAAACAGAUCUAUCGCCUGAUCAAUGCACUGGGCAAGCGCCCCGAGCGACGCUGCGAGAUAAAGACAGUCGCAUUCGAUUUUGACUUGAAGUCGAUUGUCAACUUUGGGUCGUUUGCUGUGCGCAUGGUGCAGAAGCUGCCCCGAGUGGACCUGCUGCAACUCUGUGAUUGA